CAGGCGCGGAAGUCCUUCAUCGAGAGGAGCCACGGGGAGCUCUUCCAGAACCGCGCCGAUGCCGUGCAAUCUGCGCACCGGGCUGGGCUCAGGAGUUUCAUCCGCUACGGCUGGCGCUGGAGCUGGAGGGUCACUGCUUUCGUGACAGUGUUCAACGUGGUGAGCACGGGCCUGUCUGCGUACCGCAACAAAACCGCCACCAGUCAUUACGCUGCGGCAGGAGGCUUCACAGGAGCCCUUUUCAGGAUGCACUUGGGCCUGCAGGGACUGGCAGGUGGCUUCUUGUUUGGAACAGCAUUUGGGAUCCCUGCAGGGGGCCUCUUAAUGGUAAUGCAGAAGCUUGCGGGUGAGACCUUGCAGGAGAAGAGGAACCGUGAGCGCCAGGAGCUGUACGAAGAGAAGCUGGCAGAGUGGCAAUCCAGGCUCAGUGUGACUGAAGUCUUAGGCCAAACAGAAAGCGACGCCCUGGGAGGAGCAGAGAUGGAGAGUGCAAGAGAUUCUAGGAUGUGCUGA